GAGGGACUCGGUGCUCGUCAGGUAACAGCAUGCAGAUACAUGUACCCUCGUGGCCGCCUGCCGCAUAACUCACCUUAACUAUCACCCCUCCACAACUCGUGUCGUCGAGUACUUGUGCUUCUAGGCGCAAGUAGAAGUUCUCCAGAGCUUCCAUAUCCGUCACCGGCUUCCAGUCAGGAACAAGAUGUCGCCUACGGCACCUGUACACUACAGUCCUCCAUGGGCCAACACGCAUAUCAUCGGCAUCGCCGGCUCUAGUGGCUCUGGAAAGACAUCUCUGGCAGUCAAGAUUGUUGCAGCGCUCAACCUGCCGUGGGUUGUGAUUUUAUCUAUGGAUUCCUUCUAUAAAACUUUGACGCCCGAACAAUCGAAGCUGGCUUUUGCGAACGAAUAUGACUUCGAUGCUCCUAGUUCCAUAGACUUCGAUAUUUUGGUCGAGAAGUUACGGGAUCUGAAGCAAGGGAGGAAGGCGGAGAUUCCGGUGUAUUCCUUUGAGAAGCAUCAGCGGCAGCCACAGACGACGACUAUCUACUCGUGCCACGUAUUGGUCCUUGAAGGCAUAUUUGCACUCUACGAUCAACGGGUUUUGGAUUUGCUAGAUAUGAAGAUCUAUGUCGACACUGAUGCGGACGUCUGUCUGGCACGAAGGCUGGCCCGUGAUAUCAAGUACCGUGGGCGAGAACUGCAGGGCGCAAUCAAGCAAUGGAUGACUUUCGUCAAGCCAAACUAUGAGCUAUAUGUCGAGCCACAGCAGAGGAACGCCGAUAUAAUGGUACCAAGAGGCAUAGAGAACACCACCGCCAUACAGAUGAUCGUACGCCACAUCCAACGGGCUCUCCUCAAGAAAUCUGACGAGCACAUCGCCUCCCUCCGCAAACUGAACCAAGGCUUCGAGGCCGAGGAGCCCCUGGCACCCAAUAUCAAGGUUCUCAAGGAAUCCAACCAGUUGACAGGAAUGCACACCAUCCUGCAUAAUCGGGACACACCGCGCGAAGAGUUUGUCUUCUAUUUCGACCGCAUUAGUACGUUAUUGAUUGAGCGGGCCAUGGACCAUCUCGACCAUGACUGCAAGGAGGUGGAGACGCCGCAAGGGUUGAUGUACAAGGGUUUCACGUUGCGGGGAGAGGUCAAUGCUGUGGUGGUCUUACGAUCUGGCGGCACCCUCGAAGUAGGUCUCAAGAGAGUGGUGCCUGACGCAAAGAUUGGCAGGAUACUGAUCCAGUCGAACGCACGAACCGGUGAGCCAGAGCUACACUAUCUCAAAUUGCCUCCAACCCUACACCAGCACAGUGUCCUCGUGCUGGACCCACAGAUUGCCUCGGGAGCUGCUGCUCUAAUGACCAUCACCGUUCUGAAGGAUCAUGGAGUGAAGGAAGAAAACAUCGUUUUCGUGACGUACUUGGGUAGUGUUGCUGGCCUGAGAAGAAUGUCCAAGGUCUUCCCCAAGGUCCGGAUCGUUAUUGGAAGGAUCCAGGAUGCGUUUGAGCAGCGGUGGAUUGAUGAGAGAUACUUUGGAUCAUAGGUGACGAAUGCAUUGGUUCAUACGACGUUCGUUACUGUUUAUUCUAUGGCUGGAUACCAAAUCCGAAGCUCGCAUUUCGAUGCCGGCAGGAAGAGGGCAGAUACACAUGUAAAUGAGGAAAUCAAGCA